UUACAUAUGCACUGUCUGACACCGGCGAUCCAAGAUGUCAGCGUUCACAAGGACGCAGCUGCUUCUCAUUAUUUUGAUAAUUUUCCUGGAGUGUGUACAUGUAAUUUAUCCUUUAUCAUCAUUUCAAACAGCGAGUUAUUCAACAAAGACCCCGUAUUUCUGGUUAUACAAUGCAAAAGAAACUGUUGCCGAUGAUUCUGAGACAUGGUUUGACUAUGGCGAUAAAGCAUGCCAAGUCAUCCAUUUAAAUGCCGUGUUACGUCACGGUGCCAGGUAUCCCAGUCUUAAAUGGAUCAAGAGAAUGUCAACACUGCAUAAAAAAUUAUUAGAAAAUGGUGUUGAUGAACGUUUUCCAUUCUUGAGAACUUGGACAAAUCCUUUUCCAGAGGAGAGUGAUAAGAUUAUUGCAGAACUUGGUCAGCAAGAACAAGAACUAUUGGGGGAGAGAUUCGCACGUAGAUUUAAUCUGUUGUUUGAUGAAGACAUGGACAGUGUCCGUGUUGUGUCCUCCAGUAAACAGAGAAGCCAUGCUAGCAGUCUGGCAUUCUACUCGGGACUUUCUCAGACUGUUCUAGGGGAAGAAAACACAAUAAAACCGGAAAUUAAUGACAUUGCAAUGCGAUUUCAUGACAAUUGUGUUCAUUUCAGUGAAACAGUAGACAAGAACAAAACAGCUACAAGUGAAUACUCUAAAUUCAAAUAUGGACCAGAGGUGGCUGACAUUGCUAAAAAACUCAGUGUUGUGUUAGGUUUACCUGAAGAAGCAGGUGUAACUCCAGAUGACUUAAACACAAUACAUCAGCUGUGUGCUUUUGAGGAGGCCUUGACAGAAUCUGGGUCACAGUGGUGUCAAUUUCUCAAUGAGGAAAAUCUAGAGGUCAUUCAGUAUAUGAACGAUCUCAAGCAAUACUGGAAGAAAAUGUAUGGACAUGAUAUUUCAUCAGCAAUGAGUUGUCCACUUGUUAGCAGCAUUUUCACAGCACUGGACAAGGUUAUACAAGCCAACAAUGCUGAUGAAGAUUUUGAGGCUGCUGUUUUCGGCUUUGGACAUGCAGAGACUUUAGCUCCCCUUUAUGCAGCACUUGGCCUCUUCAAGGAUGAUCCACAACUAAAGGCAGACAAUUUCAAAAUCCAUCAAAACAACAGACAGUUCCGAGCCAGUAAAGUGCUGCCGUUUUCUGGUAAUUUCGCGGUGGCGCUGUUUCAGUGUGACUCUGUAGACGAGCAGGAUGUGAUGAAUGAUGAUUCGGAGUAUGUGGUCAAAUUUUACGUGAAUGAGAAACCAGUGAACAUUCCAGCCUGUGGAAAGAAAGUCUGCCCAUACGACCAGGUCAGGGAUUACUAUAAAGGUCAGGUGGACAAGUGUGAGUUCCAUAAGAUGUGUAGAAACCCAAAACAAGACAGCAAAAAACACGAGGAACUGUAAUUAAUAAAAAUAGUGGAGAGAAGCAUUGAUGUUCGUGUGUGGGUGGAUACAAAGCAAAGACAAAGAAAAAACUAACUCAGUUAAUUUUAUUAGGAAAUUUUAGUUGUAUUUUUAAAAUUCAAACUUUUUAUAUUGCCUUCAUUCAGAUUUGGCAGUACCUUUUUCAUAUGUAUCUUGAAAUAUUAGGUUUUUUUAUAUAUAAUAUAUUAAGAUUUUUUUUGAAUAAUUAAGUAGUAAAGAAAUGAAAUACUGAUGUUCCCAAAAUGUUUUUAUUUGUUUGGCAUUUGGUUAUUUCAAAAAAGGAACAGUGUCAUCAUAUUCUGAUUUGCAAUGAAACAUCCACGGUUUUAAAAAUGCAGUUUGCUUAAUUUUGUUACAUUUUAUUGUUUUGUUUUAAUUGUUUUCAUAGGUUUAUUGUUAUAAAAUAUAUUUUUAUCAAAUUGGUUGUAAACAUCACUUUAAAACAAAUAAGACCAAAUUUACUAAAAAAAUUUACAUUUAUGCCAUUACUAAAAUCAGUCUACCUGAAAAUAAUUCAGCAAUACAUGUACUGAAUCUCUAUUCCCUUCCACGCAUCACAAGUAUGCAUACGUGUGUGCCUUUGACAAUGUGUCAUCGUUCAUUCAAUUUAAUUCAUUUAUUGACAACAUUUAUUGACAACACCAGUAUUCACCUGGUAGGUAUUUUAAAUAGAAGUAUUAUGAAUUAUGGAAUGAUAUUCAUUUUUGUCCUAUGAUAUAAAACUCAAAUGCAGCAUCUGGUUUUAAUUGUUUGACAACAAGUAUGACUUAUUAAAAUUUUUUGGCUGAUGGAAACUUGUUCAUGAUUAUCUCACUGUGUAUAAAGAAUCACUUUAUUUCAUCAUCAUAAAGUGAAUGAGGGGUUAAUGAAGAUUAGCAUUCAAAACUGAGGAUUUUUGCACACAAGUAGUUGAUUUUCAUGUAUCUCUCAUAUAUUUUGCUCAUAUUCAAAGGGUUAUUUCACAACAUAAUUGAAUUUUUAAAAAAGGCCAACAAGAAAACUAAGACACAAUCUGCUAGAUUUCUGCUCUACACUUUGUGCAGUAUGUAGACAAAGCAGGGCUUUAUUUUGACCAAACUUGUUUUAUGUUAACAAACAAGAAAUAUUAAAGAAUAAAGAUAUUAUUGAUUUUUGUAUGCAGUACUUGUUUACAGAUAUGGUGUUACUCUGAAAGAAAGUUAAGAAAUUGCAAGAAUGCAGUAUUCACACAGUUAUAUAUUUUGUGUACAAACCUAGUGGCAACUGUUGUAUUCUAAAUGCAAACUCCCUACACAUUGCCCAUUGCAUGGUGCAAUAUGAAAAUGUAUAUCAUUUUGAAGUUCAUUACAUAUGACAAAUUUAUAUAUCAGUUCUUUUUCAUGGAACACAAUUAUCAAAAGUUUUAUGUAGAUAGCUGUGUAUAAUCAAGAAUGUAAUCAAAUGAGUAGGAAAUGUUUUGUGUUUGAUAUAUUUGUAUAUGUAAAGGGUGUUGGAUGCAUAUCACAUCAGUGACUCCUGGAUAAAUGUCUGAUCUUCAUAUCCAAUGUAACUUAACAGGAUCAUGUGUUUUAAUAAAGAACUGAUGUUUUGUCAGUAGACCUCCCACUUUUCCCCAGUCAGAUGUAGGUGCCAUAUAUAUCUUGUAAUCAUGUUUUUCAUUCUUUCUUUUACCUAGCUUUUAUAUGAUACAAAAACUAAAAAGAUAAUCAACUUUAAAACUCUUCUAUUAUCAGAAAUUGAACAUGAUUAAAGAAAUAUAUAUGUACCCAAAUGUAUUGAGGUUAAUUGAGAUCUGUUACAUUUUUAGGUUGGUAUAUAUAUAUAUACAUUACAUUAAUUGUGUUUUUAUAUCUGCAUGUUCUAAGUUAUGUAUGUCAGCAUUCUCCAUGUCUAAAUGUAGUCCGAACAUAGAACAUUUUGGAAAAUUGAGAAAACCAGCAUUGAAGUCAGUCUUCCCCUUCUGGUCAGUGUAACUUUCCUGACUUUGAUGCAUAAUCAGUGUUUUAGUUGAGAUUACUUAUUAAGACUUAUCAUUCACUACUGUCAAGUGUUGCAUGUUAAAAACUGACAGUAUUAAGAUGUAUUGGAUUUCCUUGGUGCUGUUCUAUUAUGAAAGGUUGACUUGUUAUCUACAUAGUACUAUAUAUUCAAAGUUGUAUAUAGAUUUUGAUACUUAGAUGAUUCAGGGACCUUAUUCAAAAAUGUUUGUUUCCUUCAUAAAGUAGUUUUUUUAAUUCCAGUGGUCCAAUGUCUUUCAUACAAAUGCUUUGAUGCAAAUGAACAUAUGUACACUGAAUCAAGAAAAUUGUGCAGGUAAUAAAAUAUGUCUACGCUAAAACAAA